AUGCUGGUAACUCGAGGUGGGCCUCCGCAGUGGAAACCCCAGCCAUUGCCAUAUACCCUGCUAAAAGACACCGGACUUUCCCCGGACGACGUGAAGGCUGCAAAACUGCCCAGGUAUCCAUUCGAACCCGCAUUCCGGGCACUAGCAACCAUGAAUCCCAGCUUGAAAUUAGAUGACAUCGACAUUGUUACACGCCGCAACAGCCUGCGGAAAUUGCUCGACUUUGCUGCAGGCAAGGCACAGGACCCUUUCCGUAUGGACUUUCACAUGGUGAAUGAUACGCUUUUUAUCAGUCGCAAGGAGGGGAGCGCUGCGUUCAUGAUACACGGACCUCAUAAUGCCGGAUACGGCCACAGCUUUGAAGCGACGUUUACAAAAGCGCAGACCGGGUUGGACCAGUCAUACAGUCAUCACAGAGUGAUUCGGUAUCCGCUUGGUCAUCUCAAUUGCGUUGUGCAAUUUGAGGUGGAUGCGUACUACGAUGAUGAUCAGGGACGUUCUGGCUCUAUGCAGCCUCAGGAUCCGGUAGAGGAUGUUGUGGCCUCGAUGGCGAAUCUGUCGACCAGCCCCUCACAAGGCAGUAACUUCCCUUUGGGAGCAACCAAGGUUAUUCAUGAGGGAAACCUUGUUGACCCCUCGAAACUUGCGGAGUUGAAGGUGCACGGGAAGAACAGACGUGAUCCCAUGCCGCAAAUGUGGUUCAGUCGAACACCCUAUCUUAUCGAGGGUAGACAUGUCGAAGGGGAAGUUCGAUCAAUUCGCUAUACGCACGUUGAGGCGCAAUUUGGUACUUGGGAGGCAGAUCAUCAGCAGGCGUUGUGCAAACUUGUGAGCUUGCUCGCGUUAUUGAAGGGUAUCGUGAGUGGGAUGGAGGGUCGCAGCGCCAUUCUCUUGUGUGAGGAGAAACGUGCUCCUUUGACGAUUUUUGCUGCGAAGAAUCUCGGCGCUGUCUUGCCGAGGGACGUGAUGGAGAAGUAUUGGAGACUUGAGGACAGGUUUAGCUGA